CACCCCUUCACCACGAACCAUGGCUCUUGGCAACGCGAAGACCCCCCAACGGCGUGAGCUCCAUAAAUCAUGAGAAUUUUAUUAAACAAGACUCCCUUCCCUCUCCCAUUCCGCCUGGGCAGAACUCCACAAACUUCUUUGUAAUUUCGUGUCUACUUGACUCCAUAUUUCAACAUCAUUCCGCCCCGUUGACAACUUCUCUUCUCUUCUCCUCUCCAUCGCGCAUCUUGGACGAAGCUCUCACGCAGCCUCCGACUCGAUCUCGACCAUUUCUCGUCUCUCACUCAUUACCACCAAUUGCUUCUGAGUUUCGACUCACAACACCACGCACCUACUUCAAAAUGGCCGAAGACGGAGGAAACCAGGGCGGAGUUGCUAUCACAGCAGCAGCAAACGACACCGCCCCCAAAAAGUUGACUCCAGAUUCGCGAAACACCACUCUCACCAAGUCAGGCUUCGAGCUUGGCACCACCAGCUUCGCCACCACUCCAAUUGGAUCGCGACGAAACAGUGUGCAGAUGGAGGACUACUUCGUAUGAGCCAAUUCGCCCAAUACGUGAUUCUGCCUGUCUAACAUUGUACAGGUUGGUCCUAGAGAUCUCGACAGACAUUCCAAACUACCUUACUUCCUGCGAAUGCAUGGCAGUGUCCUCCCUCAGAUGAUCCUGCCAUUGACCUUUGCUGGAGGUUGGGCUACUCUCAUUACCUGCAUAUCCGAGUUUGUUUUCGAUCGUAAGCAACCCGAAAUUCCCUCCAAAUGCCAUCCACAUCCUCUAAUCUCUACUCUCAGUGGGCAUUUCAAAUACUCUCCUGACAGUUCUUGGUUUCGUCGUCGGUUUGGCCCUGUCCUUCCGUAGCAGCACCGCAUAUGAACGUUACUCCGAUGGGCGAAAGUCCUGGACCGUGGUCUCAGUCCAAUGCCGAAAUCUGGCUCGAUACAUCUGGGUCCAUACCAUUGAACGAGAGGGUGAGCUUGGCAAACAGGACUUACUCGCCAAGGUGACGUCGAUCAACAUGAUUCUUGCAUUUGCUGUUUCCCUCAAACACAAGCUCCGUUUUGAGCCUUACGCACACUACCCUGAUAUCCACAGCCUGGUCAGCCACCUCGAUACAUUCGCCAUGGCUGCACACAAGGAUUCCAAUUUGAUCGAGCCUAAGAAGAACGUUUUCAAGAAAGUUGGAGAAUACCUUGGCAUCACCUUUGCUAGCAGCAACCCUCGAAAGGUCCUCAAGCGAGCGGAAGCCCCACUCGGAAACCUUCCUCUAGAAAUCUUGACCUACCUAGGCUCUUACAUUGAAGAAAUCAACAGUAACGGUACUCUCAAGCAGGCCGUCGUUUCGAGUCAAAUGCGUAGGUGUCUUUUUUGAAUAUCUUUUUUACGACCACAAUUGAAACCAGCUAACGUGCGAAAUAGUGGUUUGUCUCGCAAGUUUGACCGAUGCCCAGGCCCAAGCGGAGCGUGUUCUUACCACCCCUCUACCAAUCGGUUACAAUAUCUUGAUCUCACAAAUCGUCAUCUUAUACAUCUACAUUCUCCCUUUCCAAUUGUAUAGCGCACUCGGAUGGAUCACCAUUCCUGGUGUUCUAGCUGCAGCAUAUAUUAUCAUGGGUCUCGCCGCCAUCGGAAACGAACUCGAAAACCCAUUUGGAAACGACGUCAACGAUCUCCCUCUCGACACCUACUGCAAGGAACUCAGUCAAGAACUCGAUGUCUUGAUGAGUGUCAAGGCACCACAAUUUAGCGACUUCCUGAACACGAGCAGCAACAACCAAGUGCUCUGGCCAUUGAGCUCUAGCGGAUACAAAGAGUGGAAGGAGCGAAGCGAGGACGACAUCCGAAGUGCAUUGAGAGCCAAGGUUUUUGCUGCCAAAGCUUCAUACUCGACAGCCAGUGCCCCGCCGCAAUCCAAGAAUGGAACUUUUCGCACGGGAACACGCUCGGGCACCGCGACUUCUGAGAAAACUGGCGGUCCAAGUUUGAGAGAAAACGUUGCUAUGCGAGUCUGAUUCUCGAUCAUCCGAUGAAAUCGUCAUAAAUCGGCUCGACUGUCCCUUUUUUUUUUUUUUUUUUUUUUUUUUUUCCAAUGAAAAGCUUUCUGCGUUUCAUCAACUGAUUUUACUUCGUUGGUUAUUACGAGCGAUGGGGGGAUCAGGAUCACCAAAACAUAGCGUGGGCGUUUAAAUCUUUUUGUACUUUGUGAAAAUAUUUUGCUGUAUUAGAUUUCAAGGGAGGGUUACACAUACGAUGACUCGGUCGGUGGGUAUGUCAUAUAUACGAUAUGGCUGGCACGAGCACAUACAGACGUACAUACAUGACUCUCUUCCCUGAGGGCUAGAGGGCUUACGUGUACUACUACAAAUGGAUAAUAAUGGUUU